AUGGCAACUGGGUUCGAGGAUCCGUACUUAACGUGCCCACUGGAUGAAGUCCAUCGUAUUCGUAAAAGCCGUAUGCAGUGUCAUUUGACUAAAUGUUUGAAGAAUCACCAGCUGAUGGAUAAAAUAAAAUGUCCUUUCAAUCCUUUGCAUAUCAUUUACCCGAAUGAAAUGACGCAUACUAUCGAUACGCCAGCUUACGAUCCGAUUCAAGCUAAUAUAGACAAUCCGCUCUUCCGUACUCUCAACUGCGAGUCUAAAUCAAAGAGAAAAGAGUUUCGUUUCAGAGAGCGACAAAGAAUUGCAGCAAUUGAAGCUGAAAAAGGCAAAAAAAUAGUUGAGUCUACACCAGAACAACGGCCAGUGCGUGAGCUUAAACCGAUUCGAAGCCAUAGUGUCCUAGCCACUCUUGCAGACGAUGAUCAUCCUACAGUUGAUAACGAUGUACGUUCUCAAGGAAUCAUGGGUGAAAAUGAAGAGAAGAAACUGGAAGUGAGCAAUGGUCAUAAUGAGAUGAAGAAUGGAACUGAAGAUAAAACAAUCGAAGAAAAUUUGUUGAAUCCUAUUAAGAAUUUCGAUCAAUUAUCAGUUGAAAAUGACUUUGAUGAUUUUGCAAAGCAGCUUGAACUUUUGUCUCAAAAAGAAAAUGAAAUUCAACGACAAAGACGAGCACUAUUGGAGAAAAUAGCAGAACAAGCUACUCAACAACGAAUUACGAGCGAAUUACUUUUAGAGAAAAAAAGUAAUGAAUCUGAUAAUAAAAAUCCUUUCAAGAACAACAGCAAUGAUCCGAUAAUUACUAAACCAAGUUAUUCACUGACAUUGGAAAGAUCUUUUGUUCCUGUUGAAAGAGAGAUUGAUGUAAAAUCAGCUGAUGCUGUAGCUAACAACCCUCCAAAAGCAGCGUUCGAAUUAUCGUCACAUCUUCAAUCAUCUGCGUGGAAUGUUGUAACUAAAAGUAAAUUAAAUUCAUCAAAUAGCUCAACCACUUCAAAGAUCUCAACACCAAAACCACCGGAAGUUCCCCUGGCUCAUCCAAUAGUUCAACCUAUAGCACAAUUAGCGAUUCAAACUCCUUCCAUUGAAGAAAAUUCAUCAGUUACUCCUUCAUCAGAGUGGACUACUGUCUCUCGGUCAAGAAAAGGAUCAACUUUAGUAGAUUCAACUCGAAAACUUCAAACAUCACGAGAAUCUUCGCCGAUCCCUGAAGCUGUUUGGCGUAGAGCAACUGGAUUAAAAAAGAUGUGGAGCGCUGAACCUCAAUCAAUUUCAUCAUCAGUUCAUGAAACUACAUCCUGGCGUAAAUUAGAUGAUUCAAAAGAGCCUUCAUUAACAACUGAAUCAGUACAAUUGAAUGUUGAAAAAUUACAUGAACCAUCAUCAGAACAUCAAGAUUUGACCUGGGCAAAAGUAGCUGCGCAAAAAGAGGCACCAUCAACAUUAAAAUUAAAAUCGUGGAAUAAUAGUAUUUCUCGAGAAAAUUCACCAGUACGUGAAGAAACACCAUGGAAUAAAGUCGCUACACUCAGAGAAACUUCAAUAACGCCAGAGUCACCGCCAUGGACGGUAAUGACAAGAUCUAAGAAAGUUUCUUCAUCUCAGCAAUGUACUCAGUGGAAGCUCGCACCUGAAACAGUUGAAACUGUAGAAAUCACUGAAUUAUCACCGGCUGAUAUGAUUGAUUCAUUGAAAAAGUCCAAAUUUUUUCACUUGGUUUCGUCUGACAAAGAUUCUAAAUCAAAUGAAACUUUGCCCGCAUCUGCUUUGAAUUUAAUUGAUACAAAGCCCAAGGUUAAACCCGUUUUGAAAGAUUCUAGUGAAAAAUCUACUUUGGUGUCAAGAACAAUUACACCGUCAAGUGUAUCAUCAAGUUACAGCACUAUGGCGAAAAUAACUAAAGACAAGCCUUCAGAGAAUCCACCAAUGAAAACUAUGUCUUCAUCAAACGAAUUUUUGCCGACACCUCGUCGUUCUAAAAUUUCUUCAUUGUUUAAUUCGCAAAACCUCAACAGAGUUCCGGGUCCUGGAGCAGGACGCGGAAUAAUCCAUAUUGUGGAUGAAAUGAAACACAAGAAGAAUGACAUACUUUCACGCAGAUUACGUCCAGGAUCAGCAAGCAGUUUUUGCUCAAGCUUUGAUCAAAUUGAUAUCGAAGGUGUUUAUGGAUAUGAAGAAACAGUUUAG